UUAAAUUCAGAGUUCGUCGGUCAUUGGUCGUGUCAUAAUUUCAUUUAGCUAUACUCAUUUCCUUGAUGUGUAUUAAUAAACAAGGAGAAAUUGUUUUCUAUUAAAGUUAUAAAAAUUUGGUUUUAAUUUGAAUUAACGAAUUGUGUUCAAUUGAAACAAAAUAUUGAGAAAGGAAUGAGAAAAACGAUUUGUGUAAAAUUGCAACUGAAUUUCGUAUGAAAAAGUGUGAGAUUUCAACUUUUUUUUUGUUGUAUUGUGGAUGAAAGGUGUUUGAGUUGCUCUAAAUUUAUAAUAUUAAAUAAAAAUACCUUACCUAUUUCACUCUGGCGCGUUGUUGCAUUUUAUAAUAUAUCGGCAGUGUUGUUUUCGUUGAGUUGGUUUUAUUUCUAUAUUUAAACAAAAGUAUUGAAAUAUUUGCAAGAACCUGGAAAGGAAUUUAUUUGAUAUUUUCUGCGAAUAAUGAAGAUGAUUACGUACAACACAUUCAACAUCGUAAAUUAAUACAAUGCGUUGCCUUAUCAAUAUCACAUUUCAAUUUUCGCCAAUAAUGGGACUGUGCUAAUAAUAACAAACAACAAACAAACAUUCAAUCAAUUAAUGUAAUAAAUUCGAAUUAAAUUUUCGAUUUCGUUCUAAAUGUUGACGCACAAUGAACAAUUCGGAGGAAUUGCGCAAAAAGCUGUCGAAUCCUCCACCAUCAUCGACUGGAGGACCAGGACCAUCGACAUCGUCUACUACCGUGACCGUGACAGUUCAGCAAAACAUCGAACCAGAACGGACCUAUGUGUUCCCUGGACUGAGUGCAUUCGCGAGCGGUAGUGGUGUCCGACCCAUCGACAAAGCGUCGCCGCGUGGCCAUGCACGAUCCGUCAGCCAUGGUGGCGGCGGAACGUUGUCGUCAUCGGUUGGACCGUCCAGAGGUCCAUUGAAAUCGGCCAUGAAAGGUCAUCAACGAGCUUUAUCACAAGGACAAAUAUCGGAAAAUUCUGUACCGGCACCACAUUCCGGACAUAGUCGCGUUGGAUCGAAAACCGAUUUCAUUUUACCACCCGGAUACAAAGACGCUCAAGCUAACAGAGAACUGGCACCGUCUGCGUCGUCACAAGGGCGCGGUCACUCUCGUCAAGCAUCGCGAUCCGAAUCCAUUUACACAUUGCGACGGGCUGAAGCGCCACCGAUAUGGAAACGGUUCAUGUUUUAUCGUACAGAUAAAUUUGAUGAUCGUGGCUAUCGAAUUGUUGUGCCAAAUCACACUGUGCCUCCGAAAACACCGAAACGUGAUCAUCCGAAUGGACGUCGGGUCGGUAAUAAAAUACGAACCACUAAAUACACUCUGCUAUCGUUUCUACCGAAGAAUUUAUUGGAACAGUUUCACAGAGUGGCAAAUUUGUAUUUCAUUUUUAUCGUUUUGUUAAAUUGGUUUAUUGAUGCUUUCGGCAAGGAAAUUGCCAUGAUACCGGUGUUGUUUGUGUUAGGUGUGACGGCGGUUAAAGACUUAUUCGAGGAUCGACGGCGAAGAGCUUCCGAUCAACGUAUUAACAAUUCAACGUGUCGCGUUUACGAUGGUGAGUCUGAGCGAUAUCGGAAAAUAGCAUGGAAAGAUAUUCGCGUUGGAGACAUCGUUCAUUUGUCGAAUAAUGAAACUGUUCCUGCCGACAUACUACUGCUUCGAUCGAGUAAUCCACAUGGUAUUUGUUACAUCGACACAUGUGAUUUGGAUGGUGAAACGAAUUUAAAAAUUCGAGAGGUGGUUCGCGGUUUCCUCGAAAAACAAAAUGUUUUCGCACCCAAUAAAUUCACCACUCGUGUUGAGGUGGAUGCACCAUCGACGAAAAUUUACCGCUUUCAUGGGGCAAUGAUUCACAAUUCGGGCGAACGAGUACCGAUUUCGACGGAAAGUCUCUUACUACGCGAAAGUCGACUCAAGAACACCGAUUAUGCCGAAGGAUUGGUGGUGUAUGCGGGCCAUGAAACGAAAGCUAUGCUCAAUAAUAGUGGGCCGCGUUAUAAGCGAUCCCAGCUGGAGCAGCAAAUGAAUGUUGAUGUCAUUUGGUGUGUCAUUAUUUUAAUAAUUUUAUGUGUAAUCGGAGCUGUUGGCUGCCGAAUGUGGUUGGCAUCGUUCGAAGGAAAGGUGACACCGUUUCUGCCGUUCGAAGUCAGUCCGAGCGUCGAUAGUCUAUGGACCUUUUGGACGUAUGUGAUAAUAUUACAGGUUAUGAUUCCACUAUCGUUAUAUGUUACCAUUGAGCUGUGCAAAAUCCUACAAGUAUAUCAUAUUCAUAAUAACACGGAUUUAUUUGAUAUUCAAACCAAUAAACGUACCGAAUGCAGAGCUAUGAAUAUCACAGAAGAAUUGGGUCAAGUGCAGCAUAUAUUUUCGGAUAAGACCGGUACACUAACGGAGAACAAAAUGCUGUUUCGUCGAUGUACAAUUAAUGGGACUGAUUACAAUCAUCCACCGUCUGACUUGGAGGAAAUAAAUGGUUCGCCAAAUGCUCCCCCACCACCGAUCAUUGUAAAUGCUAAUCUAAUCGAAGAUAUGUGCCAGACUGAUAAUUUGCUUCAAUUGAGCACGGAAUCGCAACGAAUCCAAGAAUUUCUUUUAGUUCUUGCUAUUUGCAAUACUGUGAUAGUGAGCGCAUCACCCCAUAGGGACAUAAUGAAUGCCAGUGGACAGAUCGAGUGUAAUGAUGAUAGUUCCGUGCAGAUUGUACGAUCUAGUGACGGAUCCAAUACGAAUGGAUCCAGCCACAGUACAGCGGAUCGUUACACACGCCUAACGGAAUCUCGAUCAAUAACUCCAUCUCCACCGCCAACUGGUUCCAGUGCCAUUUCUCUCAAGCAACAGCACAUUCCCUCGCUCUCACCAAUAAGUAGCUCUGCGGAAUCUACACCGAGUACCAAGAGUCCUAACGUAAAGGUGAAACGUGCUCACAGCAGUAUGUCACCAACUGUUCGUGCAAAAACGAUCAUUACCUCGAAAAUAUCAACAAUAACAUCGAUGUUAAACAACAAGGCUCACAGCAAGAAGGUCACGUCUAAGUUGAAACGAAGCUCACCACGCCAAGACAAUUCGCUAAUAAAUGGUCGGCCCAUCUAUGAAGCUGAAAGUCCUGACGAACUAGCUCUAGUCAAUGCGGCAUUUAGUUACGAUUGUUGCUUGGUGAACCGUAGUCCGAAUUAUAUUUUAGUUAGUGCAUUCAAUCAAGGCCUCUACGAAUACGAGGUGCUCAAAGUGCUACCUUUCGAUUCGAGUCGAAAGUGUAUGUCGGUGGUGGUGCGUCACAUGACAACCAAUGAACUUAUUUUAUACACAAAAGGUGCUGACAGUUCCAUUAUGUCUUGUCUGGUGAAUUGUCUACCCGAUUCCGAGGCCGGCAUUCUUCGUGAACGUACUCAACAACAGUUAGAUAUGUACGCGCGACAGGGAUUGCGUGUAUUGGUAAUGGCGAAAAGAGUGCUGAAUCCGGCGGAGUUUGCCGACUGGUGGACUCGACAUAAAGAGGCUGAAAUUUCAAUGGAAAAUCGAGAGAAGAAAAUCCGAGACUCAUUCUCUUUGCUUGAAAACGACUUGACACUGUUGGGAGCGACCGGUAUCGAAGAUCGACUACAGGAAGGUGUACCGGAAACUAUUGUGGCUUUAAGAUCUGCCGGAAUCGCCAUAUGGGUGCUGACAGGUGACAAACCGGAGACUGCUAUUAACAUUGCAUAUUCAGCUAAACUAUUUCAACCGCAAAUGGAAUUGCUCAGACUGACUGCAAGGUCACGAAAUGCAGCCGAGGCCAGCAUAUCGUUUUUCUUAUCCGAAAUCGAGAAGCAACAGGCCAAUUCGCAAAGCUUAAGUAAAACCAGAGCACUGGUUGUCGAUGGCAAAACGCUCACUUUCAUACUGGAUCUUCGGUCAAAUCUCACAAAGCCAUUCCUCAAAUUGACCAAAUUCUGUGCUUGUGUGUUGUGCUGUCGAUCAACGCCAUUGCAAAAGGCUUAUUUGGUGAAAAUUGUUAAAGAGGAGCUUCACUUGAGCACUUUGGCGAUUGGUGAUGGAGCUAAUGACGUGUCGAUGAUACAGAUGGCUGACAUUGGUGUCGGAAUAUCGGGACAAGAAGGAAUGCAAGCUGUGAUGGCAUCUGAUUUCACUUUGUCAAAGUUUAAAUUUUUAGAAAAGCUUUUAUUGAAUCACGGUUUCUGGUCGUACGACCGCCUGGCAAGAAUGAUUUUAUAUUUUUUUUAUAAGAACGCAACUUUUGUUUUCUUGAUAUUUUGGUACCAAUUGUAUUGUGGUUUCUCUGGAUCUGUGAUGAUUGAUCAAAUCUAUCUGAUGUUGUACAAUCUACUGUUCACGUCACUGCCACCGCUAGCCAUUGGUGUCUACGAUAAAACCGUAUCGGAGGAUUUACUAUUAAUACGACCGUAUCUCUAUCGAUAUGGCCGGCUCGGAUUGGCGUAUAGACCACAUUCCUUUUGGCUCACAAUGUUAGAUGCACUGUACCAAAGUUUAAUAAUAUUUUUCCUUGCUGAGGCUGCUUACUGGGACUCGACAAUUGGAAUUUGGGAGUUUGGAACGACAAUAACGACAUCUUGUUUGAUAACCAUGCUUGUGCAUGGUGCAAUCGAAAUCAAGUCAUGGACAAUUCUACAUGUAAUGUCCAUGGUCUUAAGCUUAGGAUCAUUUUACUUAUUCGCUUUAGUGUACAACACUCUUUGCGUGAAUUGCUUCAACGUUCCGUCACAGUAUUGGGUGAUACAUGUGUGCCUGUCGUCGCCAGUACAUUGGCUGCUCAUCAUAUUAACGGCAGUGGUAUGUGUGCUGCCGAGACUCCUGUUUCGCGUUUUGAGUACGACAAUAUGGCCGGAUGAUGCUACCCUCGCUUUUAUGGAACAACGACAGGCGCAGAGAAGAGGUGAGGAUCUGUUGGUUGCUUGGUCUCGGUCGACAUCUGCCUCGUCAAUUUACAGAACCGCCGAUAGUGGGUCUAAGAAUCAGAUUAUAGCAACGAUCGGAUGAUAUUUAAACGAUAAACUUCUACACUGCUAUCGACGAUGCACCGAUAAACGUAGUCGUUCAUCCAAUUUUAGACGAAAACAUAAAAUUAGUGAAAUAAUUUCGAAGAAAAGUAACGAGGUAAAAAUCACAAUAAUUAAAAUGAAAAAAUGAAAAGAAAAUUUUUUUAAUUUUGUUAGUUUAAAAACAUUGCGGCCUUAUGAUAAUGCAUAUUCGUAAAUUCAAAAAAAUAAUAAAAAUCAAUUCAAACUUUGAAUUUAAUAAAUUAAAAAUUAAAAAUUAAAAUGACAGGAGGAGAUUCAGUGACAUAUAUAUAGGACAAAACAAUAAAAUUUUACAAAAAGAAAAUAUAUUUUUUAGAGAAUAAAUUUAAGAGAAAAUGGCUGUGAGUAGAAAAUAAAUUUUAAUUUUUAAACUAAACUCGACGGAAGUUACAUUCAAAAAUCAAAAUACUAAAAACUAUCUCAAACACUGCGGCAGACCACAUAACUCAUGAUUUGCAUUUAUAUAUCGAUCUACUGUGGCAGCUAAGCAAUUUUUAACGAAACUUGGUUCAACCAGUACUGCCACUACUGCCAACAACAGAUCUAUUUGUCAGAGCUUGGGUGAAAAUCUCUCAUCCAUUUUUGAUAACAGCUGCUUACAUGUCGCUUGCCUUUUUACCAAUCGACUUUCAAAAUGGUAUUCCUACACGUGUCACGGAUCCACGGACUGAUCCCUCAGAAAUUUUUACAAUUUUUCAAGUUUCAUCUUCGGCUUAUAUUCGAUUAGAUGAUCAUGAAAUCAUCAAAACACAAUUUUUAGUCGCCGGCUCAUGCAUCAUUGCAAUUCAGAUUUAUUUACAAAGAAGUCUCGAAAGAAGUGAGGAAGGAAUGAAAUCACUGAUCGAAUUAGAAUUUUAUGAAGUGGGUUGUUGUCUAUAAACAGAUAAUACCUCGUUGUGUUUGAAAGUAGCACUGUCAACUGCCAUCAAUGGCCUUUUCUUAAUUCAAAAGAUUAACGCAACCACACCUCAACAAACCGUAAAUUUAUCUAAAAUAAUAAUUGAGAACAUGCGAGCUAACCAAUCGUCAGUUAUAUGGUCUCCAUUGGUUUUUAUAGCAACGAUAUAAUAAUGGAAGAAAUAACUUUUUAGAAUAAUUUUUAAGCGUCACACUACAGCUGCUUUUUGUUCUGAUGUAAAAACAUGGAUUGUAAUAAUUUAUAGCAGAGAUUAAGUAGCGACAAUUCGAUUCGAUA